AUGUCUGGCGAAUCUGUCGAACAAGCCGCAAGCAACAAUGAAUUUAGUCUAAAGGGACCAAAAGGUCCCAAGCUUCCUCUCACUCCAUAUUUGUUUUAUGGCGUAACUAACCGCAACCGCCUCUGUAAAGAGAACCCCAACGCUCUCUCUGAUGAGAUUGGCAGACUCGUGGCCUCUGAGUGGUGUGGCUUGACAGACGACGAAAAGAGGCCAUACAUCAAGCAAUAUGAGGAAGAUAGGGCACGAUUCGAAAGAGAGAAAGCCAAGCACAUCAUCGAAAUGGCCGAGUAUGAGGCAGAGAAAGCUAAGCAUGGCUAUAUCUCGGUCUGAGACUUUUGAAAACGAAGAAGAUAGAAACAGCUCGCUACAUCGAGUGGAUUCUCCUGAUUAAAGUCAGUUUUUGAAUUUCGUAGCAUUGCAGGUAGAUUCUAG